GAAAAUUAUCUGCUUUUAAGAGUUCAUGUGGUUAGAUUGGGUGUACCCAGAUGCUCCAUGCUAAUCUCCCUAUUAGGUCCAUAAUCCUAAUUGCAUCUGUGAAGUGCUUUUUGCCAGGUAACAUGGCAUACUUGUAGGUUCCAGGGAUUAGCGCUUGUCCUCCCCUUGCUAUUCUUUAGUGGGCAGGGGGUCAUCUGCCUACCAUGGAGGUAAGGGGUCAGGAGGUAGGCAUACAGCAAUGCCCAAAAAGAGACUGUUCCCGCUGGGAUGGAGUUUACCGCCUAGACAUGCAGUCUUAACUCAGAAAUAUGGAGAUAGCCUCGAAGGACAGGACAGGUACUGGGCACAUGUGGGAAUGGACCAAGCCAGGUGCUCCGGGGGCUUUCCCAAGGAACUAAGGCUGAGCCAAGAACUGGAGGAUGAGUUGGAGUCAGAUGAGGGAAAAUGUGGGCAAACUGGAUUUCAGAACCAACCCCCAACCCUGGAGCCAGGAGCCAUGGUACUGAAGGACAGUGCGCCAUGACUCAGAGAACCAGGGAGGGUUGGCGGAGGCUCACAGGGACCAGGUUACCCCAGGACCUUGUGACAGUACUACCCCUAGUAUCAGAGGAGACUGUCAUUGGCAUUUAGGCCACUUGGUGCUCAUAACACCUCUAUGUCAGGUGAACACUAUUGUCAUCCCAAAUUACAGAUGGGGAAAGUGAGUCAAAUGUCCAUGCUAGUAAGAGGCAAAUCAUAUCACUUCUUUGGGUACCCUUCUAGAAGGAUGAGGCUGACUGCCACUGGAAACAGCUGGGGAGGGUACAAGGAGAUGACAAGUGGCUCAGAGGCUGUCCUGGCUAUAAGAAUUAAAGAGGAAAGAAACACCAAGGGUGGCUCGACAGUCAACAAGGACAGGUUUAUUUUAGAAAACAAACUUGAGAGGGGCUUCUGGCCAAGUUAGGUCAGAGCCACACUCUCUUACAAACUAAGGAUAUUUAAGGGUUUUGGAGGGGGUUCUUAUCAUAGGUUCCGAAUGUUUCCGUGUGAGGGAAAGUUUAUUACGGGGAUGGAAUGUCUCUGGUCGGAAGGGAGGCUGUCUCAGGGUUGGCAUGUUUCUGGUCAGAGAAGGGUUUAUCUUAGGGUUGGAAUGUUUCGGGUUAUGCUGACAUUAGCCAUUAGGCUGAUGUUUUGGGGCUGGAUUUAGGCGGCUUUUAAUUAAGGGGGAACUUAGAAUGGUGGUGUUUGUUCAAGAUGGCAAUGCUCCUGUUCCGUCACUGGCCAGGUAAGGCAACCCUUUGUUACCGUAACAACCUGAGAUUGGCAGGGGCUCACCUCCAGGGGCAGCUCAUGUGCUUGCUGGCGAGGCUGCACCUUGUCAUUCAGGUUCACAGGGCACAGGUCAACCAGGCCCUGGCUCUUCAGUCUUCUGCCUGGAGUGACUUACGUAAUUCUGCUCAGCUUUCAUAGGGCACAGGGAGUCAGGGGCUAACUCUGCUGCCUGGGGCUGGAAACAGACUCCUCCCUUGAGGAGCAGCAGUCCACCAUAGGGAAGUCACAGUGGUCCAGGCCAAAGGGGAUGCAGCUAGUGUAGACUAGGUGGUAGUUCAGGGAAUGGAGAGAAGUGGGAAUAAAGGGAUAGCGAAGGGAGGCAUAUUUUACUGGCAGGUGAUCAGGUGUAGGAGGACAAGUCAUACAUUUGGUACAUUUGGACUUUACAGAGCAGUGGACACUCAGUCGGCUGCUGUCAGCACCUGGGGCUUAGGGGAGUGCCCCUGGCUGGAGACAUGGCAUGGAGUGCCAUCAGUUAGGGAGCCCUGGGCACAGGUAAGAGAAGGUGUGACAGCAGGAGGGAAAGAGUCUGGGGCCCAGCUGCAGGAACCAACACCCAUAGGCUAUUUGUAUAAAUGGGCCAUGGGGCCUCCCAGCUGGAGGCUGGCUGGUGCCACGAGGGUCCCACAGGCAUGGGUGUCCUUCCUAUAUCACAUGGCCUUCACUGAGACUGGUAUAUGGAUUGCACCUAUCAGAGACCAAGGACAGGACCUCCCUGGAAAUCUCUGAGGACCUGGCCUGUGAUCCAGUUGCUGCCUUGUCCUCUUCCUGCUAUGUCAUGGCUUAUCUUCUUUCACCCAUUCAUUCAUUCAUUCAUUCAUUCAGCAGUAUUAGUCAAUGUCUCUUGUAUGCCUGGCACCUGCUAGAUGGUCCCCGAGUUUACCAUUAGUGGAAAAGACACUUAAGAAAUUCACCAAGGGCUCUAUGAGAGGCCAUACACGGUGGACCUGACUAGGGUGUGGCUUCCCUGAGGAGCUGAAGUUGCCCAGAGGCCCAGAGAAGGGGAGCUGAGCACGUUUGAACCACUGAACCUGCUCUGGACCUCACCUCCUUCCCUUCGGUGCCUCCCAGCAUCCUAUCCUCUUUAAAGAGCAGGGGUUCAGGGAAGUUCCCUGGAUGGUGAUUCGCAGGGGCAACUCCCCUCUCACCUGCCGCGAUGACUACCCCGCCCCAUCUCAAACACACAAGCUCACGCAUGCGGGACUGGAGCCCUUGGGGACAUGUGGCCCAAAGACUCAGGAGGUACAGGGGCUCAGUGCGUGCAGUGGAAUGAACUGGGCUUCAUCUCUGGAAGGGUAAGGGGCCAUCUUCCGGGUUCACCGCCGCAUCCCCACCCCCGGCACAGCGCCUCCUGGCGACUAACAUCGGUGACUUAGUGAAAGGACUAAGAAAGACCCGAGGCGAGGCCAGGACAGGCCGAUUUCUAGCCGCCAAGUGGAGAACAGCUUGGAGCGGUGCGCCGGGCUUAGCGGCGGUUGCUGGAGGAACGGGCGGAGUCGCCCAGGGUCCUGCCCUGCGGGGCUCUAGCCGAGGCAGGCGGUGACUUCCCCACUCGGGGCGGAGCCGCAGCCUCGCGGGGGCGGGGCCUGGCGCCGGCGGUGGCGUCACAAAAGGCGGGACCGCAGUGGCGUCCGAGAACUCAGGCACGUAGCUCAGCGGCGGCCGCGGCGCGUGCGUCUGUGCCUCUGCGCGGGUCUCCUAGUCCUUCUGCCAUCAUGCCGAUGUUCAUCGUAAACACCAACGUGCCCCGCGCCUCCGUGCCGGACGGGUUCCUCUCCGAGCUCACCCAGCAGCUGGCGCAGGCCACCGGCAAGCCCCCCCAGUACAUCGCGGUGCACGUGGUCCCGGACCAGCUCAUGGCCUUCGGCGGCUCCAGCGAGCCGUGCGCGCUCUGCAGCCUGCACAGCAUCGGCAAGAUCGGCGGCGCGCAGAACCGCUCCUACAGCAAGCUGCUGUGCGGCCUGCUGGCCGAGCGCCUGCGCAUCAGCCCGGACAGGGUCUACAUCAACUAUUACGACAUGAACGCGGCCAAUGUGGGCUGGAACAACUCCACCUUCGCCUAAGAGCCGCAGGGACCCACGCUGCCUGCGCUGGCUCCACCCGGGAACCCGCCGCACGCUGUGUUCUAGGCCCGCCCACCCCAACCUUCUGGUGGGGAGAAAUAAACGGUUUAGAGACUA